AUGCUCUCGAGUGAAGAAAUCGAAAAUCUUGAGCAUGAGAUCACUAAAUUCUAUGGUGGCUCGAUGUCAUUAGACGAGUUUACUCAAUGGUACAUCAAUGAGGACUCUUUUCCAAAGCUAAAAUCGAUUUUAUUUUAUCCAAAUUCAAGUCGAAACGCAAUCCACUUUGCAUUAUGUGGUAUCACAAACUUGAUCGAUUCUCUAUUCACGCAGUGGACAACCGAGAACUUUUUGCAGCUUUCUAAUGAAUUUUUAGCUUUAUUAUACAAUGAAAUCGCUAGAUUUGACGAUGAUAAUUCAUUUGUUUGUCUCGCAUACUGCAGAAUGUAUGCUACAAUGACAAUGUAUGGCUGGAAUACGUCUCCUGAUUUCGCAAAAGAAAUAAAUGAUCUCGAAAAGUUCUUUAACUCUAGUUUUCAUCAUUACAAAGUUGGCAUCAUUCUUUGCAGAGAGAUCUCAAAGAAAAUGGAUCAAUUACGACAUCUUUCUACCAUUCAAAUGACAGAAUUCAGAAAUGAAACAAUGUCAACAUUCUUAAGCUAUGCAUUUAAUACAUUAAAUAAUAUAAGUAGCGGAGGCUUUGGCACUCGCUUUUCACAGCCAGAACUCCAUAUUUUGCAGCUAGAAAGUCUUCAAUUAUUAAUUGCCUUAUUUGAGUUCAAUUUCAACAUGAAAAUCACUACAGAGAACGAGAAUUCGAAAGCCGAUCAAAUGAAAGUCGAAAUACCUCAAAAAUGGAUUACUACAAUUCCAUUCGAUCAAUUGGUCACAUUAGUUUACAAUCUUUAUUCAGAUAACGACGAAUUAAUGCAGAAACAAUCCCUCGAUGUUAUAUUCCUACUUGCGGCCAUCCAAAAGCGAAGUUUGUCGACAGAAAACAUAAAUUUCAAUAAAAACAUCAGAAGUCAGAUUUUUGCAUCGUCAGUUAUCCAAACCAACCCUAUAUCAUCAUUUUUCGGGGUUCUGAUAUCAGGAAUCUCAGAAGUAAUUGAAAAUGAGAUACAUUUGGACAUGUUAUCAAAUGUUCAAGCAAUAUGUGCCAUUUUCGCAAGGAUUCGUAACUCAAUAGACUCAAAGUUCCUCGUAGAGCUCGAUUUCCCUCGUUUCGUAAGAGCUGCGACGAAAUUAACUUAUGGAAUUUUCUCAACUUCCUUUUUAGCCGAAAAUCCAUGGACAAUAUUGGACAUAAUGAAGUUCUGGAAGCAGCUUGCCCCUAUAGCUCUCUUCAACGACCGAGAUGAAGAGACAGGAACCGUUGUCCAGCCAAAUAUCGAAUACGCAGCGGUUAUUAAGGAAAUUUACGGUAAUUACAUAUCGUUAAUUCUCACUUUUAUUAACGAAAACCCGACCAAAGCCAUUGAAAUCAUAUUUGCCGAGUUUAAUGAGAUAACCAAGCUUAUUGAGAUCACUCACAACAUAGCAAUGAUCGAUAUGGAAUGCCUCAACCAGAUUUUGCAGGCUUUCAACGCUGAAAGUGAGUUAUAUUUCUCAUCUCAAUCAGAUCCAUCGUUAAAUCUCAUUGAAAUCCGCAUGAUCUUCUUCGCUUUGACCAUGGUAUCAUUUUUGGCAUCGCAAAGAAUGAAUCAAUCCAUUCCAAAUGGAAAUUUAAUGGAUAUAUUUUUAAAUUAUACUUCGGCUUUACUCAAAUUCAUAACAAAUACGGGUAAUUUGGUCGAUAAACAGAAGGGUGGUUCACUUGUCGUUGAAGCUGCUGUACUCCUUAUAACAAAUGUGUUAUCUAACACUCUUAUCAUCAAAUCCGCGUAUAAUUCACCGGAUAUUCCUGAUUUCAUCAAGGAAAACAAUGGUUUUACAUGCGUACAAGAGGUAGUUGCCCUGAUAUUAAGAAGAAUUUUCUUAUCUACGAAUUAUUUCGCCGAACAUAAGGAAAUAAUCAGUUUGGCAACGGCCAGUCUUGAGAAAUACAUCACUUGCAAAGAGAGACAGUUCAUAGAUGAGGCUGUAAGUGUUGUUUUUCUCGAUGAAUUCAUGAAUUUCGAAACCGAGUCACAGUUCCAGUUCCUUUUCAUGCCGGAUAAUGCAGAGUCAAGGGUAAAGUUCUACAGUAUCAUUUCCAGCAUCAUGAUUCGAAUGUGGAAAACAUCUGAUAAAUUUAGAACGGUCGUACAAAGAGUUGUUGAACGUAUUGAGUCGUACAAUAAAUCGUUCAAUGAGGAUUCGUAUAUUCUAGACCUCUUGGCCCUAAACGGCUUCUUUAAAGGUUCAUAUUCGAACGACCACUAUCUUAGUAUGGUCGAAUUCUUCUACCCCGCAUCAAUAGAGAAUAUGAUAAACCAUAUCCCAGAAGCCCCGGCCGCAAUUCCGCAUUUAAUGGAUUUCCUCGAAGAAUUUGUUUUCAACAGAGCCGAAAGAAUCAAAUUCCCGAAGCAUUCCGCUCAAGGACUUUUGAUUUUUAAGACGGUUGCUGUUGCUUUAACGAAUUUCUUCAACAUUAUCGAUGUUCCCAACUUUGAGAACCUCGAAAACUCAAUUGCAACCUCUAUGUCGAUCAUGACUAAGAUUUUAUCCAAUCCUGAAUCGAAUAUUGGAGCAAUUGAGACUUACGAAGACCCGACAUUAACAAAUCUUUUUGUCGCGUACUUCGAUAUGUGCGAAAGGGUAAAUUACGAGGUAUUUACCACUUACCCACCUAUUCUCAAUAAGAUGCUUGAACUUAUCGAGACAAUUUUCAAUGAAUUUUCCGAUUACAUAAUUCAGAACAAACCGUCGUUUAUCGUCGCAUCAUUGAAAAUUGCACAGAAAGGACUUGACCAGACAAUCAGUAUGAAAGACAUUAUAGAGACUCCUCUUGCUGCCGUUAAGAGUAUCGGCGUGUUUUCUCUAAAUAACAUGGAAGUUCCUGAGUUCCAACCUUUGUUUGAAGAAAUGAAACCAAGUUUCGAGUUUAUCUUAGUUCUGUUAGAGAAAGAACUCUUGAAACUAAGCUAUAGAAACGUUAUUGGUGCUUUGGAGAUCAUUGUAAAGCUUAAUUUGGAUAAUUGGCCUCUUGUCAGAACUCGACUCAGAUUAUUCUUCGACACUUUGAGUAUUAGCGACCAGAAGGAUGCUCUAAGUGUUAUAUUGGGAGAAACAGAAGAAGAAGUCGCCCAAGAAGAAAAUUAA